GUGUAUGUAUAAAAGGCGAAUUAGGUUUUACAUCUUCCCAAGAGCAUUUGUCGGCUGAUUCUUUACUCUCUGAGUUUUGUCGUCGCAGAAUCUCUAAGAAGCCAACGAAAAUGGUCCUUCAAAACGAUAUUGAUCUGCUUAACCCACCUGCUGAGCUCGAGAAGAGAAAGCACAAGCUCAAGCGUCUUGUUCAGUCACCCAAUUCAUUUUUCAUGGAUGUCAAGUGUCAAGGCUGCUUCAACAUUACGACGGUGUUCAGCCACUCUCAGACGGUUGUGGUGUGUGGAAACUGCCAGACUGUUCUUUGCCAACCCACAGGAGGAAAGGCAAAGCUCACUGAAGGAUGCUCUUUUAGGAGAAAGGGAGACUGAACCAGAAGAUGACUCCAUUCACUCUCAACCUUAGCUUUUCUUUUUGUUUAUUCUAUGAAUUUUGAAAGAUAUUUGAGCAAGUAACCCUUCUUUGUCCAUCACACCUAAAUUUAUUUUUCGUAUGGAUUUUGUUGUUGAAUUUGAUCAAAAAGCUCCUUCUCUUUCCUUUGUGAAAAGAUAUCUUCCUUCUGUUUA